ACCAAAUAUUGUGCACUCGGGAUGGAAGAAGAGAGAGUUUAUAGGGUUUAGUUACGUUGAUAGACCUGAGAGUGGGGGUUUGCAAGUCGGUAGAGGAGAGCAACAAUGAAUCAUCAACGUUCACAAAUUGCACUUUGCAAAUUGCUCUUCCGCCACUUUUCCAACCCUUCUCCGAAGCUCUUCUCCCUCAACUCAAUCUCGACGAGUCCGGCUCAGCGCGUUUCCGACUCACCUCCAUUGCCGAAACCCCACAUUCUUCUCAACACACCCGCUACAAACUCCCACCGUUUUAUCCACCCAGCUCUCUCGAUUUCAGCGACCCAGUUCGCAGCUCGUCGGAAUGUGAGGCAAUUCAGUGGCGGGUCGGAUGAGUUCGAUCAGAACCAAGUGGUGGACACGAUCAACCUCAAAUUUGCAGAGGCGAGGGAGGAGAUAGAGAUGGCCAUGGAGUCCAAAGAGACUGUUUACUUCGAUGAGGAGGCCGAGUGCGCUCGUGAUUCCGUGAAGGAAGUGCUGGAAUUGUACGAAGAUCUAUUGGCUAAGGUGCCGGAGAGCAAUAAGGCGGCGUUGCAGAGGUCGAUGGGGCUCAAGAUUGAGCAGUUGAAGGCGGAGCUUCAACAGCUGAAUGAGUGAAUUUAAGGUGAAUGCAAAAUGAUGGAUUUGAUGCCUUGAUCACUUCAGACAUGCCAUGAGGCUUGAGUUGAUGGAUAGCUCUCCCUCAGCAUGAUCUUUUGGACAGUGGGUACACCAUGUUAUCUGCAGUUAUUGGCGUCGGCAGUCGACGUCUUGGAGUGCUUGUGGUAGGUACUGCUCUUGCUUUCUCUGCGGUGAUCCUUUGGCCAUGAGGCUCGAACCGAGCUGAUGAAAAGUACUCAGGUGGAUUUUUAGAACAAAAGACCAAGCAUGUUAUCUGUCGACGAUAUAUACUGUUUGUGGUAUGCACUGCACUUCCUGAAAACAGAUGGGGAGUGUUUUGUUUGAUUCUCAAGAGAAUUUGAUGCGCCUCUUGCAAAAGGGAUUUCCUUUUGCUUGUGGUUUGGCUCCUCUCUUUUAUUUAAUUUUCUCAUUUUCAUAUAGAUGAAUAAUUGUAGUACUAGAGACGCUAACUGAUGUGAUAGUGUUUCAUUUGUUUUCUGUUUGGAUCCACUUUGAGGCUUAUUUCAAUCAAAUGACAAAUUUCCACA